AUGCCCGUCUCCUUGGAAGCCGCUGACUCUACUGUCUCCCGUGCUGCCAAACGUGUCAAGGUGGUACCUGCUGAUCAGCUGUUUCGCAAGGCUGUCAAUUUUAAGCUACGAGAGUCAGAUGAGCAGAAAGAGGACCGUUGCUGGGAGCGGGCAAUCGAGAGGUGGUUGGUGAUCAUUGCCGAGUCUCCUUCGGCGUCCUUGAUAGGUGCCACUCUUCCUUUGCGGGAUGUCCAGCAAAGCAUGGCUGUGGUUCGCGAGCUUUUUGGUAAAAAGGCUGUUGGCACCGUCCUGAAGCGUGCUAACGAUAUUCUGAAGUUCUUCACGUGGUGUCGAGAGACGCACCCUUUUCGAUCGCCCAUCCCGUUUGAAGGGGCCGUCGUGGAUGAGUACCUCAGACAUCUGCGUGACACGGGCAAGAAGGUGGGUGCUCUUCGUGGGUUUGCAGAAGCUAUCAACUUCAGUUUGCAUGUUGUGGGCCUCAGUGCAACACUGGACCGGCCGGUCUGGAGUCCUUGGGCAAAGGGGCUCCUCAGCUUCAUGGAUCUGCAAAGGCCCUCGAAGUCGUCCAAGAUCGCACUGACUGUUGCCAUGGUCAAGUGGCUGGAGGAAUUCCUCGUCAGUGAGGACAACGGUAUAUGUGACAGGUACGCUGCUGGCACAUGUCUCUUUGCAAUUUUCAGUCGCAGCCGGAACAGCGACCUCAAGGUUUGCGAAAACUGGGACCUCGAUUUUGAGGACAUCAGGACGUCAGGCGGAUUUGACGUGUCCAACAUCUCUUCUCACAGCUUGAAGCACACCACAUUGCAGUGGGCGGCGAAGUGGGGCAUGGACAAGUACAUUCGAACUUUGUUGGGACAUCACAGCACCGGCGGGAAGAGUCUGGACACAUAUGCCCGUGAUGUCUUG